AUGUAUCGAAAAGAGCAAGAAACAUUGCGUCAAAUAGCAAAAGCAAGCGACGCUAUUAGACGAAAACAUCGCUUACUUAAAAUGGGUAAAGAGGCUGCAGAGACAUUGUUAAAAGAAACUCUGCAACCAAUAGUUACACCUCUUCAAAAGUUGGCAAAUGUAACUGAAACUCCUUUCAAAAAUGUUAAAAUUGAAAAAUUCAAGAAAGAUAUUAAUGAUUUCUCUUUUUCAACUGCUGUUGACGAUGAUGAAGAAUUUGAUAAAACUUUACUAAAUUCAACUUUUCUUGAUAAGAAUACGGUUUAUGGAGUACGUAAACUUGCCAACGGUUCUUUUAUGAUUGGUGAUACACCUAUUGAAUUUGAAGGUUCACAUAUUAAGCUUGUUGGAAAGAAAAAUUAUUUAAAAACUGCUGGGUUACUCGAACUAUUAUUUAAACAAAAACCAAAAGAAGCUUUAAUAAGUUCAGAUGAUUUUUUAAAUUACAAAGAAAUUCUCAUUGCUACGAAUGCACAUCGAAAAAAUUAUAGUCCAAGUGAAUCUGUCAACAUAAGUAGAACUUCCAAGUACACUGAUGUUAUUGCAAAACUUAUCAAAAGUACACCAAAGAAAAGUGGUGGUGGUGGUUCUUUAAAGAAGCAUAAAAAUAUAUUACCACAAUUUAUGAUUGCAAAAAGACAAUUUAAUCCAGACUACAUCUAUUGGGAUGAUCCAAAUGAACUCGUUGACCGUUUACGACUACUCAUAGGAUCACAGCAAGCUGGUAAUCCAAGUCAUAAUAAUGAGAUUAUGUCAAUUAUCGAAGAACUUCGUGAAGCUCGAAUUAUAUAUUAA